UCAAAUAGAAGGGUCUAUGAUGGGGGGGAGGGUAGCAGAAGGAAUAGUGCUACCAAAUAUUAAAACACAUAAUAAAGCCUUAAUAAUUAAAACAAUAUAUUAUUGGUUCUUGAAUGGAGAGAUGAGUUGAAGAGAAUGAUAUAGACCUAACUAUACAUGGCAUCUCAUAUAACUGAGGAAAUGAUUUACUAUGGCAAAUCGUAUUGAGAAAAUUGUGUAAAAAAAGCUUAAUCCGGAGCAGGAACCCGCAUCCAGGAACAGAGCCCUUUGCUCCUCCCUCAGAAUGAAUGGAGACCAGAAAUCAGAUGUUUAUGUCCAAGAAAAGCAGCAUUUCGUUCAGCACUUCUCCCAGAUCGUUAGGGUGCUGACUGAGGAUGAGAUGGGGCACCCAGAGACAGGAGAUGCUAUUGCCCGGCUCAAGGAGGUCCUGGAGUACAACGUCAUUGGAGGCAAGUAUCACCGGGGUUUGACGGUGCUGGUAGCAUUCCGGGAGCUGGUGGAGCCAAGGAAACAGGAUGCUGAUAGUCUCCAGUGGGCCCUGACUGUGGGCUGGUGUGUGGAACUGCUGCAAGCUUUCUUGCUGGUAGCAGAUGACAUCAUGGAUUCAUCCCUCACCCGCCGGGGACAGCUCUGCUGGUAUCAGAAGCCAGGCGUGGGUUUGGAUGCCGUCAAUGAUGCUAUCCUUCUGGAAGCAUGUAUCUACCGCCUGCUGAAGCUCUACUGCCGGGAGCAGCCCUAUUACCUGAACCUGAUUGAGCUCUUCCUGCAGAGUUCCUAUCAGACUGAGAUUGGGCAGACCCUCGACCUCAUCACAGCCCCCCAGGGCAAUGUGGAUCUUGGCAGAUUCACUGAAAAGAGGUACAAAUCUAUUGUCAAGUACAAGACGGCUUUCUACUCCUACCUUCCUGUAGCUGCAGCCAUGUACAUGGCAGGAAUUGAUGGCGAGAAGGAGCAUGCCAAUGCCAAGAAGAUCCUGUUGGAGAUGGGAGAGUUCUUUCAGAUUCAGGAUGAUUACCUUGACCUCUUUGGGGACCCCAGUGUGACUGGCAAAGUUGGCACUGACAUCCAGGACAACAAAUGCAGCUGGCUGGUGGUCCAGUGUCUGCAACGGUCCACUCCGGAACAGCGCCAGAUCCUGAAGGAAAAUUACGGGCAGAAGGAGGCUGAGAAGGUGGCUCGAGUGAAGGCAUUAUAUGAGGAGCUGGAUCUGCCGGCCGUGUUCUCGCAGUAUGAGGAAGACAGCUACAGCCACAUUAUGGGUCUCAUUGAACAGUACGCAGCGCCCCUGCCCCCAGCUAUCUUUCUGGGGCUUGCGCGCAAAAUCUACAAGCGGAAAAAGUGACCUAGAGACUGCAAGAGCGGAUAGGAGGCUCUCAAUAAAUAAAUUAUUGUGUAA